AUGGCUGAGAGUAAGAGACAGUGGAACAAGGAAGAUGAUCUGCCGGUGUACCUGGCCAGACCGGGUACCACGGCUCAAACCCCCCGGCAGAAAUACGGGGGCAUGUUCUGCACCGUGGAAGGUGCCUAUGAGAGGAAGACAAUAGAUUUCGAUGCCUACAGCGUGGGACGCCGGAGCGGCAAGGCGUCCAGGAGCGCCAGCAGACAGGAUCUGUUGUCCCCAGAAUCGGAUGGACUGAGCGAAACUGCCAGCGAUAUCAGUGAGAUCUCCGGCUCGGUCAUCAGCUCUCCCAGCGAGAGGGAGGAGAGGGCCCCGCUGGAGAUCAAACCUGCGACCGGCAAGGAGCUGCUCCAGGGCUGGGAGCAGGGCAAGAGUGAUCGAAUUCUUAUUAAAGGUGGGAGGAUCAUCAAUGAUGACCAGUCCUGCUUUGCCGAUAUUUAUUUAGAAGAUGGAAUUAUAAGACAAAUAGGGGACAAUCUAAAUGUUCCCACUGGUGUGAAAACCAUUGAGGCGAAUGGCAGGAUGGUUAUCCCAGGAGGAAUUGAUGCAAACACCUAUCUGCUGAAACCCUACAUGAACACCACUAGUGUAGAUGACUUCUUUCAAGGAACAAAGGCAGCCCUGGCAGGAGGAACCACGAUGAUAAUUGAUCAUGUUGUACCAGAGAAGAAUGCUACUUUGCUGACUGCCUUUGAAAAAUGGCAUGAGGCAGCUGACAACCGAUCCUGCUGCGACUACUCCCUGCAUGUGGAUAUUCCUCAGUGGAACGAAGGCAUCAAAGAAGAGUUGGAGAUCUUGGUACAAGAGAAAGAUAUUAAUUCUUUUCAAGUCUACAUGGCGUAUAAGGACAUGUUCCAGAUGGCCGACAGUGAGCUUUAUGAAGCUUUUACUUUCCUAAAGGAUCUUGGUGCUGUAAUCUUACUUCAUGCAGAAAAUGGUGACUUGGUUGCAGAGGAGCAAAAGAGGAUUUUGAAAAUGGGAAUAACAGGACCUGAAGGUCAUGCAUUGAGCAGGCCUGAAGAGCUGGAGGCUGAGGCAGUUUAUCGUGCUAUCACUAUCGCCAGUCGGAUUAACUGUCCCCUAUACAUCACCAAGGUGAUGAGCAAGAGUGCAGCAGAUGUGAUUGCGCAAGCCAGGAGAAAAGGAGCUGUAGUUUUUGGAGAGCCAAUCACUGCAAGCCUUGGGACAGAUGGAACACAUUAUUGGAGCAAAAACUGGGCCAAGGCUGCGGCUUUUGUGGCAUCACCACCACUGAGUCCUGACCCCACAACACCUGACCACCUGAACUCACUACUAGCCUGUGGAGAUCUGCAGGUGACGGGAAGUGCCCACAGUACGUUUACCACUGCUCAGAAAGCCAUUGGCAAAGAUAACUUCUGCUUAAUCCCUGAAGGCACCAAUGGCAUUGAGGAGAGAAUGAGUGUUAUCUGGGAGAAAGCUGUGGCCACAGGUAAAAUGGAUGAGAAUCAAUUUGUCGCUGUCACAAGCACCAACGCUGCCAAAAUCUUUAACCUGUAUCCAAGGAAAGGUAGGAUAGCUGUUGGAUCUGAUGCCGACCUCGUCAUCUGGGACCCAGAUACAAUUAAAACAAUCUCUGCCAAAACACAUCGUUCGGCUGUGGAAUAUAAUAUCUUCGAGGGAAUGGAGUGCCGUGGUGCUCCGAUAGUUGUCAUUAGUCAGGGGAAUAUUGUCCUGGAAGAUGGGAAUCUCUACGUCAGUCAGGGAACAGGCCGAUUUAUUCCUCGUAAACCAUACCCUGAAUAUAUCUAUCAGCGUAUCAAGAUUCGGAAUAAGUCAAUGGAACUGCAGGCGGUGUCUCGAGGGAUGUAUGAUGGCCCUGUGUAUGAACUCCCAGUCACUCCUAAGUAUGUCACCCCAGCUCCUUCGGCCAAAACAUCUCCAACGAAACCACAACAUGCACCGGUGCGAAAUCUGCACCAAUCUGGGUUUAGCCUAUCAGGUGCCCAGUUUGAUGAUAACGUUCCACGCCGUUCUGGACAUCGUAUUGUCAAUCCACCUGGUGGCCGAUCCAACAUCACAAGCUUAGGUUGACCAGCACUAGACGAUUGAGCUGCUGGUGGCUGAUGCAAGCAGUUUAUUUACUUACAAGGUUAUCAGUGUUAUGAAAACCAGCUUUCUCUGGUAUUUAAGUAAAGAAACCAAGUAUGCGUGUGUGUGUGUUUGUCAUAUAGAAUGAAGUGAAUUACGUGAUGUAUUUUUGCUUGGAGUUGACUGCCACACAGUUGUCACCAUUGUCACUUAGCAUGGUCCAUCCACUAGCAUUGUCCACUACGACACUGGUUUAGGCUUUUUCCUUGUAAGAAGGGUCCUUUGCACAUUUUAGUUGUUAUAGAAGUUAGUGCAUGAUGCUAGGAGAUGCAAUUUUUGUUUUGAGUAUUGAAAAAUAAACAAACUCUUUAGGACAAAUUGCCAAGAAUUAAAAUGAUUUAGCCAGAAUUGUUAGCUAAACUGGUGUGAAUUUAUGGUACAGUACCCUUUUAUCAUCAGCAAAAGAUAAUCAGAAGUAGGAAGGCUGAAAAAUGUAUAUAAGUGGACAAGGCAUGGUUAUCUCAGUGGCUUCAGUUACACCCAGUCUCACCAUAACAUAGCUAAUACAUUCAAAUACUUUUAAGGAAGGGUUAGUUAUGCUGCUGUAGUUACCUCACAACAUUAACAAAGUGAUAUUCAUGUGACAAGUAAAGCAAGUCAUUUUGAAGUUUAUAUAAUAAUCGUGGCUUGUAACCAUGAAAUGCAUUUCACAUUUCUUUUAGUUUGCUGUCGCUUUACGAUUCUUAAGUCAUUUUUGUUUUGCUGUAAGCUUGAGGAAUGUGUCGCAUGGUGAUUUUUGGCUUGCUGUAAACUUGAGAAAAGUCUCAGAACAGAUGGUUUAAGAGUAGGUGUUUUAAUGAAAAGAGUGCACUGUUUUAAUUGAGGUAAUGCAAGGUAGUGCAAGAAAUGUUCCCAACAUUGAAUCACAGUGUGAUAAUACCAGCAAGGAUUUGGGCCGCCUUAGUCUUGAGCUGCAGUCACAUUUUUUAACUUUUUGAUACCAAUUCUUCCUUUGUAUUCAUGUACAUUUGUACUAUUUCAAACUGAAUACUCUGAUGUUGUGACUCCACACUUGAGCCUUAAGGCUGUGAAAUAAAUGAUGAGUAAAACUUC